AUGUACUUCAGAUUAGCAGUGGAAAUUAGAUGUGGAAAUGAUUUUAAGAACAAUGACAUAUUAAGACCACUUUUUAUUUACAUGAUUUUGAAAUUGACUAGAAAGGUUUCCCACAGAUCUUACAUUAAUAUUCCAAUCAUAUUCUUCCAAAAGAAAAAUACGAAAAUUUCUAUUCAAGUUACUGGAAUUGGUUAUUUUGAGGGGUGGGGGGGAAGGAAGGAAGAAAAAAGAAGAAUCCUGCUGCUUCCCUUUCAAGUAUUUCCUGAUUUCAUAUUUGUAAAUAUAAAGAGGAACUUCAAUUAUGAAAAAAAUUUAAAAGAUAUAUGUAUUAUUUUGUUUCCUGUCUUGAAGAUUUUUAGUUAUGGUAUUGUUUUCAGAUAG